AGGGAGCGGGGCGCGGCGGGGCAGUCCGUGGUGAUGGCGGUGCUGGCGUUCGGGUUGGCGUUGGCGUGCUGCCUGCUGCGAGCGGCCGACGCCGCGUUCCCGGUGCCCGCGGGCGCUGCGGGACGUCCUCCGUGGGACGGAGGAGGACGGGAGGAAGAAGCGGCGGCGCUGCGGGAAAGUGCAAAAAGAAUUAGAUUACUGAAUUCACCAUCAAAUGAUAAUGGAUCUGCUUUCUAUGGAAAAAAUCAGUUUUCUCACCUAUUUCCUGAGGAGUUCAAAGCUAUUUACUUAAGAAGCAUACCUUACAAACUCCCCAGAUACAUAAAAGUGCCAAAGGGAGAGGAAAAACCUUUGCCAAAGAAGUUUGACUGGAGGGACAAGAAAGUCAUUGCAGAAGUGAGAAAUCAACAGACAUGUGGAGGCUGCUGGGCUUUCAGUGUUGUGGGUGGUAUAGAGUCUGCCUAUGCAAUUAAGGGACAUUAUCUGGAAGAACUCAGCGUACAGCAAGUUAUCGAUUGUUCGUACAGUAAUUAUGGUUGCAGUGGUGGUUCCACAAUAACUGCUUUGAGCUGGCUGAAUCAGACAAAAGUCAAACUUGUGAGAGAUUCAGAGUACACUUUUAAAGCUCAGACAGGACUGUGCCAUUAUUUUCCUCACUCUGAUUUUGGAGUUUCAAUAACAGGAUUUGCUGCAUAUGACUUCAGUGGUCAGGAAGAGGAGAUGAUGAGAGUACUUGUUGACUGGGGUCCUUUGGCAGUAACAGUAGAUGCAGUUAGCUGGCAGGAUUAUCUUGGUGGGAUCAUACAGUAUCACUGCUCCAGUGGAAAAGCAAAUCAUGCUGUACUUAUCACUGGUUUUGACACAACAGGUAGCAUCCCUUACUGGAUUGUACAGAACUCUUGGGGCCGUACAUGGGGAAUAGAUGGCUACGUUCGUGUUAAGAUAGGCAGUAAUGUCUGUGGUAUAGCAGAUACAGUUUCAUCAGUAUUUGUUUGAUACUGGCUAAAGACCAGGAUUAUCAUUUGACAUACGCUAUAUAUGAAGAUUUUACUUCAAAGCAACAUUUCCUAAAAUAAGAACAAACUAUAUGAAGAGUUCCUGCUUUUUAGACAUUACAGAAAGUGGUCAGCUGGAAUUUUAAAAUAUGUUUUUAUUUGGCAUGUGUGUUAUGUAUCAAAUCUCACAUGGAAUGAGAAGACUUCGAAUCAACCACAGAGCGUGCAGAAGGAAGUUGCAAAGAUAGAUUGAAACUGUUAAGGUGAACUUAGGUACUGAAUACUAAAAAGUACAUCCCAUAAAAAAUUCUCUUGAGAAGUUAUAGCAAAUAAGAAGUUUGAACCCAAUAAUGAGUAGUAUGAUGGCAUAUAAUCAAAAUGCUUUAAACAUCAGAAGCACAAUGAUUGUCUGCUUCUAUUAGAAGAGGAGCGUGAUAUGAGAAAACACUUAUGUUUUGCUACCUGUUUUGGCUUUUCUAGCAUCUCUGGUUGACAGACGUUUUUGUCUUCCUCCUUUUUGUAAAAUCCUACAUUUUUCUCUAAAACUAGAUGAACAGAGGGGUGAAAUAGCCAUGAAACAGUCUCCUGAGCAGCCAGGGCCUCUGUAAUGCUGUAGUCCUUCUAAUUCAGUCUUUUUCCUUUCUUGGGUAGAUAGAACUUCAGAGCUCUUCAAAGUAGGAAGGUGUAUUUUGAAAAGGGCCUCAGAUAUCAUAGUCUUCUGAAUUAAUUUGUUAAAUGGGUAGGAAAGCAAGAAGAAAACUGUAUUUAGAUGAACCAACGCAGUUCUAGUGGCUUAUCAUCAUGCUCUGCCCUGCCAGGACAGAAAUGUUUGCAGCCCAACCAUUCUGUGCUUUGGUAGCAGUCAGUUUCACACCUCCUCUCUUCUCUACUUCACAGCUAACAAUGGAACAGCUGUGAAACAAAUGAAAAAAUUAUCUAUCAUAGAAAAAAAGUCUGGCAGUAAAUAGCCGUAAGGUAUUUGCUACCCUUAGAAAGUUAGGAAUUACAGCAUGUUCCAAGUAGAGUAGAUUUCCCUACAAAAAUAUUAAACUGAGUUGAACUUGUAGAAGAGACUUGCUGGUAAUCAUAAGGCGGUUCCAGUUUUGCUGAUCUGUAUAACUACAGUUGGAGGCAAAUGUAACUAGAACUGACAACUAAACAUGCAUUUCUAAGAUGCUCUGACUGUCAUCUGGAAUACUUUACUAGUGUCCUUUACUGAACACUAUUAUGAAAACUACUGAAGCAAUUCUACAAUUUUUGCAUUUCCUGUACCCUGCUAAUGAUCGGUGUAGUGUUUUUAUAACAGACGCCAUGAAUGUUUGUCACUUUCUCUUGUAUUGUCACCUUAGUCCUUCUGUUUCUAAGGGUCAGUAUUUUAAGUGGGGAAAAAAAGACCUAAGUGCCAAAUGUCAGGUUCUGUUCCUAUUUCUAACAAACAGGCUCAAACUUCCAAAUAACAAAAGAAGAAGCAUUUUGUGUAGUAUGGCCAUACCCUUAGCAGAUUACAGACAAUAAAUAGCAUACUUCUCUGAUGGGAUAAGAACAGCUAAACUUCUAAAUUGGCAUAAGAAUAAUGUGGUUUUAUAGCAGUAUCAAACAUUGAAGUUCCAGCUAUGCUUCUGAAGUGGUACAACCAAGCCUAACUAGAGCACAAAGACACAGAACAACUCACCAGAAAUUAAGGCCUGCGGUAAAUGUAUUUUCCAGAGAAGCAGUAAAACUGAUAAAACAGUCCAUCUAAUAAGAUGACAACACAGCUUUAUCUACUCCGUGGUCAUAGUUCCCUCACUUUUAUGAUGCAACAAUUUUAUACUUGUUUCAAUGAUAUUUUGAUUAAAAAACACUCAAAACAGCUGUCAUAUUGUUGUGUGAAUGUUAUGCUUGCUUUAGAAGAAGACAACAAAAGAAGAACUUGAAUACUGCUUUAUUUGAAGUGUGAAGUAGGCAUUUAUUUUUACUAUUCUUAACAGUAAGUAUUUCUAAUGAAGGCCCUCAUAUAUUCUUGUGUAAGAAAUUUCCAGAGGCUUGGGUUUCCAUAGAUUCAGGAUCCCGUAUUUGUUCAAAAUCCAGCUUUUGAAGAUCUUAACCUGAAAUUCCUUUUGGAACUCUACAGCUCUCUAUCAUCUUAAGCUGAUGAGAAUAAUUACAUCUUCAACUCAAAUUACUAACAACCAUUAGAUAAACUGGCAAAUAGAAAUCUAUGUACAUAUAAGACAUGAUGAUAAUCUGUAUAUUUUUUUCUUGUCUUCAAGUAUAGAUUUUUCAGAAACAAA